GCUCCGGACGGAAGUUCCCCCGCCCCGCCCGUGAGAGUUGGGGUUUGACCGGAGCUAGUUUGGAAUCCUGCCCCGGCUCCGGUUGUCCACGGCUCCUCCUCCUGUCGCUGCGGGCGUGCUUCCUGGGACUCAGAUGGACCACACAUCCCCGACCUACAUGCUUGCUAACUUAACCCACUUACAUUCUGAACAACUUCUGCAGGGCUUGAAUCUUCUUCGUCAGCAUCACGAACUCUGUGACAUCGUUCUUCGAGUAGGUGAUGUUAAAAUUCAUGCUCACAAAGUGGUACUUGCCAGCAUCAGCCCAUAUUUCAAAGCUAUGUUCACUGGAAACCUUUCUGAAAAAGAGAACAGUGAGGUUGAGUUUCAAUGCAUUGAAGAAACUGCUCUCCAGGCCAUUGUGGAGUAUGCCUAUACAGGGACUGUUUUUAUUUCUCAGGACACAGUUGAAUCUCUCCUGCCAGCAGCAAACCUACUCCAGAUAAAACUUGUCCUGAAGGAAUGUUGUGCAUUUCUUGAGAGCCAGCUUGAUCCUGGUAAUUGUAUUGGAAUUUCUCGUUUUGCAGAAACAUAUGGUUGCCAUGACCUUUAUUUGGCAGCCACUAAAUACAUAUGCCAGAAUUUUGAAGCUGUUUGCCAGACUGAAGAGUUUUUUGAGCUUACACAUGCUGAUUUGGAUGAAAUUGUUUCCAAUGACUGUUUGAACGUAGCUACUGAAGAGACUGUUUUUUAUGCAUUAGAGUCUUGGAUCAAGUAUGAUGUACAAGAACGCCAGAAAUACUUAGCACAACUACUAAACAGUGUACGAUUACCAUUGCUGAGUGUUAAGUUUCUCACUAGACUAUAUGAAGCAAAUCACCUUAUUCGGGAUGAUCGUACUUGUAAACAUCUUUUGAAUGAAGCCCUAAAGUACCACUUUAUGCCUGAACACAGACUCUCUCAUCAGACAGUCUUGAUGACACGACCUCGCUGUGCUCCCAAAGUACUUUGUGCAGUAGGAGGGAAAUCUGGACUCUUUGCCUGUUUGGAUAGUGUGGAGAUGUACUUUCCUCAAAAUGACUCUUGGAUUGGUUUGGCACCCCUAAACAUUCCUCGCUAUGAAUUUGGAAUAUGCGUUUUAGACCAAAAAGUGUAUGUUAUAGGGGGUAUUGAAACUAAUGUGCGUCCUGGCAUCACUAUCAGAAAACAUGAAAAUUCAGUAGAAUGCUGGAAUCCUGAUACAAAUACAUGGACUUCCAUAGAGAGAAUGAAUGAGAGCCGAAGUACCCUUGGAGUAGUAGUACUUGCAGGAGAACUUUAUGCUUUGGGUGGUUAUGAUGGACAAUCUUAUUUACAAUCUGUAGAGAAGUAUAUUCCCAAAAUAAGAAGAUGGCAACCUGUGGCACCAAUGACCACAACAAGAAGUUGUUUUGCUGCAGCUGUAUUGGAUGGAAUGAUAUAUGCCAUUGGUGGGUAUGGUCCCGCCCACAUGAACAGUGUGGAGCGUUAUGAUCCAAGUAAGGACUCCUGGGAGAUGGUUGCAUCCAUGGCAGAUAAAAGGAUUCACUUUGGUGUGGGUGUCAUGCUAGGCUUUAUUUUUGUGGUGGGUGGACAUAAUGGUGUCUCACAUUUGUCAAGCAUUGAAAGAUAUGACCCUCAUCAAAAUCAGUGGACUGUGUGUAGACCAAUGAAAGAACCCAGAACAGGAGUUGGUGCUGCAGUAAUCGAUAACUACCUUUAUGUAGUCGGUGGUCACUCAGGGUCUUCCUAUCUGAAUACAGUGCAGAAAUAUGAUCCUAUCUCAGAUGCAUGGCUGGAUUCAGCUGGCAUGAUAUACUGUCGCUGCAACUUUGGGUUAACUGCACUUUGACAAGUGUGAACUCUCGGAAACAGUAUCAUAGUGGAACUUGUGCUGCAUGGAAGGAUGCCCAGUUUUCUGAAACCCACAAGCUGCAUUGCUUUCUUUUUAACUUGAAGUAGCAUGAAGACUCAAAGUUGUAUUGGGUACUUUGAAUUGACAAAUAGUUUUGGUUGCUCUUGAUUACACCUAAAUAAUCAAAAGAUAA